AUGGCCCUUCUCGCCAUGAAGCUUUCCAUCUGUUGGAUCUGUGCCAUUGUGGUCCCAGUCUAUGCUGAAUCGCCUUUCGUGGUCCAAUGGUCGGACAAAACAUAUGGCCCAGAUGGCCCGUGGCAUGCCGUAUCAGUCACGUUGGGAUCUGCCAAACAGGCGAUCGACCUCUAUCCCGGUGACCGCUGGGCAAGUACGAUACUCAUCGACACUGUCUGCUCAGACGACCUUUCGACAACCUGCUAUGCAGAACGAGGUGGUGUUUUCGACAUCAGCGCCUCGGACACUGCUGUCACACUGAAUACUCCAAACGACACAAGCAAACUCGAUUGGUUAUCUGAACAGACCAAAGCAGGUGUGAAUGUCUGGGGCGGUGUUGGACAUGUCAAGGAAGGAGUCCUCGCCGACGAGCUUACUCUGACGAACGGAUUUUCUGUGCCUAAUGUCUCCAUCGCGUCAAUAUAUAAAGCCAAUCAAACAUACGGCAACAAUGGGAAAGAAUAUCCGGUCACUUUGGGCACAUUGUCACUGGGAGGUACCAAAGGGACCCACGUCGUGCAGGGUAAUACCUUCAAUAUGGUCACAGCUUAUAUGUGGGACCAUACCUCGGCUCAACAGAUUCCGUCGUAUUCCUGGGGGAUGCAUAUCGGGUCUGUAGAGCCUGAAAUCCCUGGGUCUUUGGUACUUGGUGGCUAUGACCGGAGCCGAGUCUUGAACGAAGUCAGCACUCAACAGGUUGAUCCUAACAGCAAUUUGGGCAAUCUCAAGAUCUACUUCGAAGACAUCGGGAUUGGUGUUGCGGCGGGUGACUCGCCGUUUGAUUUCGAAUCCAAAUCCAGUCUGUUUAAAACAGGAAAAAGCACUACCACUCGAGGAGCGACUGUGGAAAUCGAUCCCGUUCUCCCAUACUUAUAUCUCCCAAGAGAAACGUGUGACGAAAUGGCGGCCAAUCUUCCAAUCACCUAUAACGAAGAUCUGAAUCUCUAUUUCUGGGACACGAACAACGAUACGUAUCAGCAAAUCACCUCUUCUCCGGCAUACAUGUCCUUUGUCUUUGGGAAAAGCACAAGCAACAGUCAAAAUAUGACCAUCAAAGUGCCUUUCCAGCUCCUGAAGCUCACCCUUCAAGAACCCCUUGUGGAAAAGAACACGACUUAUUUCCCGUGCUACCCAUCAGACACAUUGAUUCUCGGAAGGGCAUUUCUUCAGGCAGCCUUCAUCAGCGUCAACUGGCAGAAUGCGACUGGAGGUGGUGAAUGGUCUUUGGCUCAAGCACCUGGUCCAGCGAUUGGAACCGGCAGCCAACGAUCAAUCGGAGUCAACGACGAGUCAGUGGAGGUUUCCGAAAACUCAUGGGAAGCCAGUUGGGAUGGGUAUUGGGAGCCUAUCUCAUCCAAGGCCUCAGAAGAGCAAUCGACUUCCAGUUCAGGCCUUUCGACUGGCGCAAAGGCUGGAAUCGGUAUUGGCUGUGCCGCUGGCGGACUGGGACUCAUUGGGCUGAUUGCUUGGCUAUGCACGAGCCGCAGAAAGAGGCAAGGCAAUGCUCAAUCUACUGCCAUGAGUCAGUAUACCAAUAUCCAUCCGAUGUCUCAGGAUGGAACGAAAUCGCAUGGUCUGAGUGAACUCAAUACUGACACGCUGAAUGAGCUGCCAUCGGGUAAGCACGCCCAGGAGGCACCGGGCUCUACCACGAUGCGUCAUGAGUUGUGCAUGGCUUCCUCCGCAGCUGCUUCAAACCCGGCCAUCCCGUCAUUAAAUCUUCCUCCAUCCCAGUUCGCUCGCCUCCAACCUCACGCCUACCUUCUCGCCCACCUCUCCCCUCCAGCCGCGAGCGAUCAGCCGUCAGUCCGCGCCAAUGGCCGUGCCACAUCUCAAUUCCGUGUUACAUCUGCCAACGCCGGAUCCUUAACACACACGAAUGGCAGCGCAGUCGUGCGCAUCGGCGAUACAGCCGCUGUAUGCGGUGUGCGCGCGGAACUUCUACACACAGAAGACAUCGCUUCCUGGAGUGUGUCAACUGCCUCAGAAGCAGAGGCCGGAAACACAUCCCAGAAGGGUGGUUCCAAAACUGAAGACGAGGAAGAUCGCGACCACGUACAAGACCUGAACCUACUUGUUCCCAAUAUUUCCCUGAGCACUGGGUGUGCUCCAGGCUUUACACCAGGUGCACCACCUUCUUCACUGGCCCAAUCGCUUUCCCACGAAAUUCUUUCUCUCCUGCACACCACCCGUCUUGUAAAAGCGGACGACCUGCGCAUCUGGUACCAGCCACCGAAUCUGGAGCCGGAAGAGUUCCGCAAUGCGGGCGAGGGAAUGGAUGUUGAUUCAGAACAGACUGGAGGACCGGAACCAGAGAUUAAGGCCUUUUGGGUGCUCUACAUCGAUAUCAUGAUCAUUUCAUUGGCCGGAAACCCAUUCGAUGCGGCUUGGGCCUCUGUUUUGGCUGCGUUGCGUGAUACGAAACUCCCCAAGGCUUGGUGGGAUGCUGAUAACGAGACCGUUCUUUGCUCAGACAAUAUUGCCGAUGCGCGGAAGCUGUCUCUGCGGGGUCUGCCUGUCUCUAGCAGUUUCUGCACUUUUGAGGCGGAUGCUGCUGCUGGCUGGAGAUCUGUUGUCAUUCCUAAUGCCGAUGAGCUGAAGUCACAGGUGCAGAAGCAAGGGUCUCAGCAAAGGUGGAUUUUGGCGGACCCGGAUGGGUACGAGGAAGGUCUGUCCCAGGAAAGGGUUUGUGUUGUUGUUGAUAUCGAGGAUGGAAAGACUGUGAUUGUGAAGAUGGAGAAGCACGGUGGGUGGGCUGUGGAUAGUGACGAUCUGCGGCAGCUUGUGGAUGUCUCCGCAAAGAGGUGGCACGAGAUGAAGCGGAUACUCGACCAAUGCUGA